AUGUGUGGAAGUGAAAAUGACACCUGUUCCUCAAGAGAUUUAGAUUUUAAUGUAAACUCGCCUAAUGAAAAUUUGCUCUUCAAUGAUGCGACGUUAUACAACCAUUUGACUUCCUAUUCCAGUAACGUGCCCCCUAACGAUUUAUUUUCUAAUGAACCGCCGCCUAGCGAUUUGCAUUCGAAAUUGUCAAACUGGGCAGCUUCAAGAACUGUCACAUUAGCCUCGGAAACUGGACGGAGCAUUGACGACGACACGGCACGAAAACGGAAAAAACGAGUAUGGAAAGAAAACAUAGUAAGACUCGGAAGUUGGAACAUUACAUCAUGGAGCAACAAAGACUAUGAGGUGGUCGUAGAAAUAGAGAAAAACAAAAUAGAUUUCUGCGCACUUUCAGAGACCAAGAAGAAAGGCAAUGGCAGUCAAAGGUACCAAAACUACAUACUGUUUUAUAGUGGAGUCGACAUGAACUUGCGAGCACGGGGAGGAGUAGGGUUACUAGUGAAUAAAAAAUUUGAAAAAGAUAUUAAGGAAGUACAGUAUAUAAGUCAUAGCAUCAUACAGAUAAUAGUAGAGCUGGCCAACGAAAGAACACACCUACUAAGUAUAUAUGCACCUGAUGUAAGCAAACCGAAAGAAGAAAGGGAAGCUUUUUUUGAUGCCUUGCAAGCUACGUCAGAUAAAAUACCCAGUAAAGACAAAGUGUUUAUUAUGGGCGACUUUAACUCAAGAAUUGGGAACACAGUCAUCCCAGGAAUCAUGCAUAGUUUCAACGAAGGAGCAGUGAAUGAUAACGGAGAUAUAUUGAUAGAUGUAUGCGCCCUCAACGAAUUACGUAUCAACAACACAUAUUUUGAUCAUAAGAAACAACAAAAUUUGGACGAUGGAUCUGUUAGUAAAUGGGAGGAAUACAAGUCCAAAAAAGAUUUGCCUUCUCUUGAGGAUAUGUAUGAAUUUUUAAGAAGUAGAUCAGACUUGCUAGAGCGAUUAGAGUUGAACAAACUUGAACAGGGAUCCAAGUAA